AUGCUAGUACACCGUUUUUUCGACGACCUUAUGUGUGAAUUAACACAUCUCGCCCUAUUCUUCUCGGCAUUCCCAUGGUUUUUGGCCAGGUUUGGUUUUUUUUCCGCGUGGAAAAAAAUUGUUUGGUCUUUUGGCUUUCUUUGGCGUCAGGUAGCAGGUCUUCGACCCAGCCGUCCUUCUCCACCAGAGGCAAUCGGGGAAUUGUACUUUUGUACUGGUCGGGGUUUUUACCCCAUCUCCUUGCGAGAUCGAGUACCCGUUUCGCCCUUGCCUGACGUGUCUCGCUGUUCUUCUGCUGGUGCUUCUGCUUCCGCUCCUGCUUGCUUUCCCCCCGCUGUCUUGUCCCCUGUUCGUGAGGUGCCACGCCUGGAAUUUUCCUUUGCGUCUCGCCCUCCAGCAACCAUAAAAGGCGAAAGUAAAUGUUAUUUUCUGGACUGUGCCUUUUCUCGUGGCUUGCCUUGUGUUGGUGGUGGUGUGGUGCCUUCUUUUCCUCCCCUCCCCCAAUACCAACCUUCCGUUCCUCUCUUUGCCUUUGUUGGGGAAGUGAUUUGCCAGUCUUGGCUGGCUGAGAACGCUUCCUGUCUUGGUUUGGAGGAUUUGCCUGCUCCUUCUGUUGCUGGUUGUUCGGCUGUUGCCACCUCGUCCUCGUUUGUUUUUGGCUCCGAGGUCUCAGCGAUUGAUUGUGGCACGUCGUCACCUCUUGUUUCGGGUAGUUUGACUCCCUUUGUCGAGCCUUUGCCUUCUUCGGCUGUUGUUGAGUCUUCUCCUGUUUUGGCUGCUUUGUCUGUGGCUUCGGCCCAGCCAGUGGCUGUUGAUGUUGGACCUGUGGCUGGUUCUGGACCUGUUCCUGUUUCUGGACAUACUGAUGUCCAUCCUCUGGAUGCUGUCUCUCGUCCUGUUGCCGUUCGUCGUCGUCUUGCCGUUCCUCGUCGUCUUGCCGUUCCUCGCCGUCUUGCCGUUCCUCGUCCUGUUUCUUCGGGUGGUUGUGCCGGUGUUUGUCUUUCUGUUGGCGCUGGUACUCCCUCCUCCUCUGUUGUUGGUUCUCCUUCUGUCGUUCUUCCUUCUCUUUGUGAGAAUUCAAACUCUGGAGGCAAACGAAAAACUCCUCCUCCCUCCCCACCAACAUCUCCUCGUCGUCGAGUUUCCCGCUGUCCUUCUUUGGACAAGGAGUCUUUGGCUGUUUCUUCGGCUUCUGUGGUCGCUUCUGCUCCUGUGGUCUCUUCUGUUCCUGUGGUCUCUUUUGCGCCUGUGGUCUCUUCUGCUCCUGUGGUCUCUUCUGCUCCUGUUUUCUCUUCUGCUCCUGUUGUCUCUUCUGCUCCUGUUGUCUCUUCUGCUCCUGUUGUCUCUUCUGUGUCUUCUGUUCCUGCCGUCGGUGUCGUUGAGGCCUCCUUCAUCUCUGUUUCCCCUGCGCGACCAAUCGCCAUGCCUUACGUGGCCCAUUAUGAAAAAGCCAGGGAGAGACAGAGCUUGAGGGACCUCUUCGACGCCGCCGAAAAGGAAGCAAAAAAACAUGAACCUAUCCCAAAUUGUUACCGUAGUUGCUGA